AGCAAUAAAAUUCAGUUCGACUCAAAACUUUGGACAAUUUAACAAGAAAGAAAAAAGAGGCCUACUUAAGUAAAAAUGCCAGCCACUUCUAUGUUUCCACCUGGAGGGCCAAUAGACGUCGUCUUUUCAUUCGACACUACUGGUUCCAUGUACAGCUGGCUUGAGGAAAUUCGUGGCCGAAUUCAAGAUAUGAUACAACGUCUUCAGGCUGAUAUACCUGGCAUCAGAAUAGCCGUCAUGGCUCAUGGAGACUAUUGUGAUACAAACACUUACGUGACCAAGUGGAUAGAUUUCACAAACGAUAUUGUUAAGCUUUGUGAUUUCAUUCAGAAUGUUGAAAGAACAGGCGGAGGUGACGCCCCUGAAUGUUAUGAGCUUGUGUUACGCCAAGUUAGAACUGAACUUUCCUGGAGCACUGGUUCAAGGCGUGUCUUGGUUUUAAUUGGGGAUGACAAUCCUCAUCAGCCACACGAGGCCUGCAACAAAGAUAAAAUUAAUUGGCAAGAUGAAACAAAGGAGCUUGCUCUCAUGGGCGUCACCAUCUAUGGCGUUCAGUGUGGUAGAAACAACGCAGAUUUAUUCUACAAGACCAUCUCUGUAGCUACUGGAGGUAAACAUCUUCGUCUGGAAGAUUUCGGGAGUUUGUUUCAUACUCUUAUGGCUGUUUGUUAUCGAGAAAGCCAUGACACCGCCAUGUUGAACAAUUAUGAAAAGGAAGUCAGAGCGACAUGUGGCAGCAAAGGUUUGGCUCUUGAUAUCAAUGCAAUAUUUACAUCUCUGAGAGAUGAAGUCAAAGACACCUGUGAUACAACUACCUUACCUGUUGGAUUAGGGACAACAACAGUUUCUGUCAAAAAGAAAGCGAUUGGUUCAAUUUCAAAACCGAAAUCUAAAAAAUCUGUUACAAAACUUUUACCAAAAGUCUCUCCUCUGACUAGCAUAAAAACAAAAACACUAAAAAAGAAAUCUGCCAGCUCUAAAUCAUUUCUUCCUAAAGACACUCUAAACAAAUAUAAAAUCAAGAAUUUACCUCUUUUAAAAAGAGAGAAUGUUCCAGAAGUCAACUUUCAAUUCAGGUCACUUCAUUGGUCUCCUUGGAUCAUGUCUUUAGUAGCAAGUCAAGAUGUACUCAAAGGUCAAAAGUCACGGUGGACAACUCGUGGAGAUAAACCUGGACUACGAUUAAAGCAAUCUCCUCUAACUCAAUUUAAAUCACGCCCACGUUCUUUUGUUGAAGUUUCUGUACAAAUCAAUGGUGUCAGAAGUAAGAAACAUGUAUUAUUUUGUCAGCGUGUCAAUAAAUGUUUGAGUCAAAUUGAUUGGGAAGAAGAUUUGUUUCAUCGGGUGUCAGAAAAAGUUGACCUGGUCUUACAAGCAGGAUGUAACAUUUACAUUCGAUACUGUACACUUGGUCAUCGAGACAAAGUCAAUGUUGACAAAGGAAUUAAAAGAUAUGAUUACGCCUGGACAUGUCCAUGGAUGAAAAGAAAUGGAGCGAGAAGAGUCUCAAAAUGUGGAGUCAUCAUUUCAAAAUAGAUAAAAUCUUUAUGUAUUUAACACACACAAAAAAACAAACAUUUUUAUAAUGUAAGUAUUUAAAGAAUGUAAGGAACAUUUUUACUAUGAAAUCAAAUUCUAUCUGACUACAAAAUAAAACGGUGUAUUGAUUAAUUGAUAUAUUGAUUUAUUGAUUACCCAUUUGACCUACGCACAAUCUUCUUGUAUUUAUUAGAAAGUAGCCUACGUAUAUAGAUUUAUUGAUUUAUUUACAAAUUGAUUUUUGUAUGCCAAUAAUGUAUGUAUGACUUUGUAGAUAAACUCAAUGUGUACAGGGCAUUUAAUAUAUUUUUAUAUUUAAAUAAACUUUGUAUUUCUUGCUUAAACAGAAAAAAAAUAUUUAAGGUUUGGUUAAGGUAAAAAAAAAACUGUGUCAUUAAGGAAAUUGUGUUUAAAGUUUUUACUUAAAUACUCAAAAUUAAAAUUUAAUCUAAAACAAUGAAACAAAACUAACGCUUUUUUUUUUAUAUAAAUUCAAAAAUUCAAGAGUUUUGAAGGUGCAACUAAAAUUGAAAUAUCACAAAGUGUAAAAGAAAAACAUUUUAAAUUUUAUUACAGUUUCCGGGGUUCAAAACUAAAUUGUUUUUAUUUAGAAAACUUGCAAUUGUUGUUUCAAUGAUCUGUACAAAUAUAUAUAUAUAGGCCUAUCUCAUAAAUUUGUAAAAAUGUUGAUUUUUUCCGUAACGUUUUAUUGGCUAGUUAUUGAGUACGAUGUUUAGAAAAUGUUAUUAUUAAAACUGCUACAUUUUGUUUACUUUAUACUUUUCAUUAGAAAAUAGUAGGUGUAUGUCUUGUUACGGUUAUUUUCUUUUCCUUUAUGGAGUUGUUUUAUGCCGCUAAUUUGUUGUUACUUUUUUAAACUAUUGUUAUGUGCCAGUACACUGUAAAUCUAUUGGAAAUAUACAUAUGUUAAUGUAUUACAACAUGAAGAAAAUUACAGUAUAUUUUCUGUGUUAGUGUGUGUGUUUUUGUUAGUGUGUGUGUGUGAGAGAGAGAGAGAAAAACAUAGUACUUUAAACAGUGAUCUAUUUCAUGUGUUAAUUAAAUUAAAUGUGAUUUAUGCAUUUCUUUUGUGCUGAAGAUCGAAAUAUUCAUUUCAUAAAUUGUUUCUGCUGAAAAGUAGAAAAUCAUAGUUUGUAUUUUUCUUUGUUUUCGCUUAUUUUAUUGUUUUCAAAAUAAAAUAGGGAAAUAUAAUUUAUUUUAGCGUCUUUCUUUACAUUUAUCAAU